AUGGCUUGUAACGAGUGUCGGCAGCAAAAGGUAAAGUGUGACCGUCACGAGGUAUUUCCCAACUCAUGCUCCCGCUGUCGCCGAGCUGGGGUUCAGUGUGUCUACUCGAAGCACUUCCGGCGACAACGACGUCCCAAGAUUUCCGAGCUGCAGAGUCAGAUAGAGAGUCUGCAAAAGCGGUUGAGCGGUUCGCCGGGCGAUGCCUCUGUCCCAGACCAAGUACAUGAAGCGAUUCUCCCUCCAGCCACAUUGAUGGCCCCGAUCACAACUAUCACUCAAACAAGCAGUGCACCACUUCAAGGACAGAAGUCUGCCAAAGGCACGCCGCAAACUUCCACAUCACCUUCGGUUCCGGUGCCUAUCGACCAUGAACCCGUGCGGAGUUUCAUAUCGACGGCGCCCCCGAUGCAACGGACGUUACCUCAAAGCAUAGACGAGCUUCGAGUUACCGCCUGGGACAUUGACCAAUGUUUCGCCAUCUUCAAACAACACUGCAUGACUUAUGUGCCCAUGAUCGAGACCCUGAUGGACCCCAACGAAUGCCACCGCCGGUCCGCACUCCUGUUCUGGACAAUAGUGGCUGUUGGUUCACGCAAAUACAGCGAAAACCCAACUUUGAUCAUCCUACUUGGUCCCAAAGUGUCCAACCUGGCAAAACUGUCUCUGUUUGCACAGGAACCUGUUCUCCUGAACAUACAAGCUUAUCUUCUACUGUGCUCGUGGCCAAUGCCUUUUGAAGCAUUGAGCAAUGAUAUAACACCCAUUCUCGCAGGGGUGGUCUUACAACUAGCUACAACCAUCGGACUGCACGUCUCGGGCGUUGGACAAGAAUUUGCACGAGACCGGGUGAGUCCCGAUCUCACCUACCGUGUUGAACGAGGUCGGUUGUGGACGGCAUGUGUGAUUGUUUCACAGAGGAUCGUCACCGUGAAUGGAACACCACCAUUGGUGAUUCCCGACACCUAUGGCGACGACUCUAAGGAAUUGAUUCCUUUCGUAACACCAAGUUUGCAUUUCCAAAAGCAAGUCAGUCAGUUUCUCAGCAUGACCAUUCUCUACAUCCAAAACCAUGCACUGCACAAGCCCGGAGAUGUACUACCUCAUAUUCUGGAUCCAAUCAUCUCUUCUGCCGUUGAUCGCUUGGUGAUACUAGAGGCCGACGCAACGGAGCCGCUAGACCGAUUCUACGCUUUGUCGGCACAACUACACCUUCUGAACUUCCACCUGUUCAAACGUCGAACUACGAUCGCCGAUGCAACACUACUGGCCAUGCACGACCUGGCUUGCCGGACAGUCGAGCUCGCCAUCGAUGUGGAUUCGACCCUCCAAAUGGCCGAAUAUGGCCCCGUGUACAUCACCAAAUUCCUGCACAGCGCCGCUAUCACACUAUUACGGUUGAAGAGAAGCGCCAUCGCCCCGAGGAGUGAUCUGGGCCGCGGCCAACGCGCGUUCUUUGCAGUGAUCAAUUAUCAUAAACGACACGCCGUGCGGCCCGACGAUGCCUUUGCUCGAUUCAGCAUCAUCCUGACGCAACUUUGGUCCAGCACCAAUAUCUUCCAGUACUCGGACGGCGUGGUGGACAGCCUGCGAGUCCGAAGCAAGGCCCGUUUGGGCAUGAGUAUGGUGUACGACUGCUUCUGGUGGUGGCGGCAGGAAUUCGGUGGACAAAGCAGUGUCUAUGGAGAUCACAACGCGGACGACAAUGCCAACUUCAAUCUUGACCACUUUACUCCGUUUUGGGAUAAUAAUAAUCUGGACUUGAUCAAUCUGGAUUCUGCGGGCCCGAUUCCAGACCUCGAGUGGCCGUUGUUUGACAAAUUUUGCACCGAGAGCUGGCCGAGUAUCGAUCUCUGUACAAUCAUGCCGAGACAGUGAAAUGACACAAGAAACGUACAGCUGAUUAAGAGCAGGGACAUUGAGGAUCGCUCGGGGUAAAUCAGGGGGACAGAACGUGCGACCAGACUUGGUGUUCAUGGAAAAGCCAUAUACAAGCAGUCAACCAUUGUGACAGCGGCAUCAAUAACAUUGGCGAGCAAUGCGUCUCGCAGGAAUACAUGC